GAUCGGAUACCUCUUUAUUUCAUACGCCGUGAUGUCUAAACUGGACAACGCCAAUAAAACAGUGCCAGAUGGUGGCCAUAAAAGUCCACCGAAACCACCAAGUUUUACUCGAAACCUUAAUUCUGGGGUACAAGUACCAGCUUCAGGAAUAAACGCUAUUCAUAUAGAUAGUGCUCGAGAAAUGGUAAAGAUACAUACCAGAAACAGAUUACCCCAAACUCCUCCAAACCCCCGGUUCAGUAUCCCAACAGCAAGAAAUGUGUCUGUAAAGGUUUCCAACGACGCAAUCGCCAGUAUGAGCUCCAGUUUCCCCAAACCAACCACAAAUAUAUCUGUCCCAGCAAGGGAACAUACGGGCAAGUGCACAAAUCCCCAGUGUGCCCACUGUGGAUCCGUAAUAAUCCCUGCUCCCAAAUCAUCUUUCCCUAUCCAGGACAAGCCGUCUAUCACCAUUAAUGACUGGAGUAUAUAUACCAUCAAAAGACCGAUUUUGAGUUCUCAGGAACUCGAUGACCUUGAAGAAAGAUUUAGAUUCCCGUUACCAGAGAUGAUAUUUGGAAACAACUCUGUGAAGUUGGUGAAUGACAAAACCAAAUCGAUCAUCGAGUUCAAUGCUUUGGAUGCCCUCGACUCAAUUGAUAAGUCUUCUGACUUAAAGGUCAGUUAUCAUCAAGAAUGGUUGGAGGCUAGAAGAACCAACUCCUUGUCGACAGACUCUCAUGACGCAUCAGCCGAAAAGGCCCUCAAAGAAAACGGAAACAUCGAUUUGACCAAGUACACAGACUUGGAAACUAUUAAGAACUACGACUGGACGUAUUCUACAAACUACAAGGGGAGUAUCACCAACAUGGAGUUCGCCAAAACAGACGAAAAGUUUCCAAUUGACAGGCUUUUAAAUCCAGACCCUAUAUUGUUCUUUGAUGAGUCGAUCUUGUACGAAGAUGAACUUGGAGAUAAUGGUAUAUCGAUGUUGUCCACCAAGAUAAGAGUGAUGCCCACCUGUCUCUUGCUUCUUUGCCGACUUUUCUUGAGAAUUGACAACGUUAUAUUCAGAAUCAGAGAUACUCGUGUCUUUGUUGACUUUGAAACAAACAAGGUGUUGAGAGAGUACAAGGAACAAGAUGGUGUCUAUAAUGACGUGUUGGGUAAAAUAUCUGGAAAAGUCACUAGUGACCCCAAGUCACUUCUUAGAGAUCCCAACUGGGUUUCUCAGAACAUUCCCGUGCUCAAGUCUGAGUUGGAAGCUGCCCAACUAACCUCAUGAUACAUAAUAAAUAACGUAUAAUUGCAUAAUAGCAUUGGCUUCUAGGCA